AUGAGUGAAAAUCAGAAUAACGAUGUAGUGGAGAACUCUAAAAAUGCUACGGGGACUGAAGAAGCUGUGGAAAAUUUAAAUGAUGGUGAAAAACCAAAGCAACGAAUUGCUUUGCUUACCGGCAUCACAGGACAGGAUGGUUCAUAUUUGGCUGAAUUUCUGCUGAAAAAAGGCUAUGAAGUCCAUGGUAUUAUUCGCCGUGCCAGUACCUUUAAUACAUCGCGCAUUGAACACCUUUAUGCGGACCCAAAGGCCCACAAAGGUGGCUCCAUGAAAUUACACUAUGGCGAUAUGACUGAUAGCAGUAGUUUGGUGAAAAUUAUCAAUACCGUUAAACCUCAGGAAAUUUAUAAUUUAGCUGCCCAAUCUCAUGUUAAAGUGUCCUUUGAUUUAAGUGAAUAUACCGCCGAAGUUGAUGCUGUCGGUACACUGCGUAUACUGGAUGCUAUACGUACCUGCGGCAUGGAGAAACAGGUGAAAUUUUAUCAGGCAUCUACCUCGGAAUUGUACGGCAAAGUGGUGGAGACACCACAAAAUGAACAGACACCGUUUUAUCCCAGAUCACCAUAUGCCUGUGCCAAAAUGUACGGUUAUUGGAUUGUUGUUAACUACCGUGAAGCCUACAAUAUGUUUGCCUGCAACGGUAUACUCUUCAAUCACGAAUCACCACGACGUGGUGAAAAUUUUGUUACUCGUAAAAUUACCCGAUCUGUUGCCAAGAUCUAUCUCAAUCAAUUGGAAUAUUUUGAAUUGGGUAAUUUAGAUUCGAAACGUGAUUGGGGUCAUGCAAUGGACUAUGUUGAAGCUAUGUGGAUGAUGUUACAACGUGAUACACCCUCGGAUUAUGUUAUAGCAACGGGUGAAACGCACAGUGUACGUGAAUUUGUUGAGGCUGCAUUCCGUUAUAUUGGACGUCAAAUCAUUUGGCAGGGUGAGGGUGUUAAUGAAGUUGGCAUCGAACAAGAUAGCGGCAUUGUACGAGUACGCAUUAAUCCCAAAUAUUUCCGUCCCACCGAGGUUGAUUUGUUACUGGGUGAUGCUUCCAAGGCUAAACGUGAAUUAAAUUGGUCACCGAGGGUAACAUUUAUGGAGUUGGUCAAUGAUAUGAUGGCUGCGGAUAUAGCAUUGAUGAAAAAGAAUCCAAUUGCCUAGUU